UCCUGCGCUGCCUGGGGCUGCCCACCCGCACGGUGACCAAUUACAACUCGGCCCACGACACCGACACCUCGCUGACCACCGACAUCUACCUGGACGAGAGCAUGCGGCCGCUGGAGCGCCUCAACACCGACUCUGUCUGGUACUGCUUUCUACUGGUUUAUACUGUCCUGCGCUGCCUGGGGCUGCCCACCCGCACGGUGACCAAUUACAACUCGGCCCACGACACCGACACCUCGCUGACCACCGACAUCUACCUGGACGAGAGCAUGCGGCCGCUGGAGCGCCUCAACACCGACUCUGUCUGGAACUUCCACGUGUGGAAUGAUUGCUGGAUGAAGCGGCCGGAUCUCCCCGACGGCUACGACGGCUGGCAGGUGGUGGACGCCACGCCGCAGGAGACCAGCAGCGGGCUGUUCUGCUGCGGUCCCUGCUCGCUCACGGCCGUGAAGAACGGGGAGGUUUUCCUCAAGUACGACACGCCCUUCGUCUUCGCCGAGGUGAACAGCGACAAGGUGUACUGGCAGCGCCAGCCGCACGGGGGCUUCGCCGUGGUGCACGUGGAGGAGGGGGCGAUCGGCCGCAGGAUCAGCACCCUGGGGGCCGGCUCUGCGGCCAGAGUGGACAUCACUGACCAGUACAAACACCCCGAGGGUGAGUGGGAGUGA